AAACACGUUUUUAGGCAUUGGAUCUACUUUAUUUAUAAUAUGCCACAAAACAUUGGUGGGUUUUCACUUUAACGACGGAAAAUAUUGCAAAAAUAAGAAUUCAUUCGGUUUGAACUUUUUAUCUUGACCUCAUCCAUGCUGAGGUGCAACAGCAUAAAAUACUUAAAAUAGACCGCUGAAGGAUCGAAUGCUCUGACUUUGAUUGAGCAGUGGCAGCAGUGAGGGCUCUCCGCCGCAGGGGGCGCCCUCACACUCUGCGCCGUUAUUCCUCCCAGCGAAGAAGAAGCUGGAGCAACAACAAUAACAGACAGCUAGCUACACGGAGCAGAACAUCCACGGACUGUCCGGUCUGUGGCCCGUUAAUCCGGUUCGAACGACCGGAGGCAGAAAGCUUCCAUGAGCAGAGUCCCAAAUAAAUGUGCACGGAACUGAAUUCAGGCGCCACAUUGUGUUUUUCACAGGAAUAGCAUGCUGUCGUCGUCGUGACGCGCAUACAGACGACCGAAGCUAACUAGCCGCUCCGUUAGCUCGCUCGCGCCGUCCUGUUCUUCUUUCCGGGUUUCUGAUUAAUGUCACCGGGCUCCGGUACCGCGUGCAGACAUGGAGAGCUUGUACAAGCGGAAAAUGUUCGCGUCGAUGCGGAAGACCAAGGUGGACGCGUCGAAGAAGCGACAGAUCGGCCUUCCCGCCUCCAUCCUGGACGACAGUGACGAAGGCUCCUUCUCCUCCUCCACCUCCUCCGGAUCACAGUCCGACUUCCAGAGCUCCCCGGAGGAAGACAGCGAGCAGGAGGAGCGGGGCCGGAGCGAUUCCGGGGCUACUUCCAGCGACGACAGCCGCUCCGUGACCCGCAGGAAGCGCUCGUUCCUGGGAGGCGACGACAGCUCGGUGUCCUCCAGUGCGGGGGAGGAGGACGACGACGAUGAUGAUGAUGAGGAGGAGGAGGAGGAGAAGAAGAAGAAGGACAAGAGCAAGCCUAAGAGGCUGGUGCAGCCCAGGAAGCGGAGCAGGCUGCAGCGGCAGGACGAGUCUGACUCGGACCAUGUGGAGGAGAAGCGCAGAGAGGAGGAGGAGAAGGCGAAGAGGAGACAGAGACACAACAAGCUGCUGGCGCUGUCCCGGAGGAUGAAAGCCCGGGUCCCGAGCCGGAGGAGGAGCCGCCUGAAGCAGGGUGCGAGCGACGAGGACGAGUCUAAAGAAGCUGAGGAUGAAGCCGGAGGAGGAGGCAGAGGAGAGAACGGCAACAAGAAAGAAUGUGAUGAUGGAGAGAGGGAGGAGGAGAAAGACAAAGAAGAGGAGGCAGAGCAGGACACGGACGAGGAGGAGGAGGAGGAGGGGGGGAAGAAGAAGUAGAUCUACACCACAGUGGAGGACAGGAGUUUGAAUGUGAAGAACUAAAAAAAGACUUGUUAGUUUGUACAGGUUAGUUUUUUCUUGCAGCAUUUUAAGUGGAAAACAAAAACAUGGUCAUGUCUGUUGCUAUAGAAACAUGAAGAAACGUGAAGACGAGCAGAUUGUUUGGACAGCCACGUUGACCUGUUAUGUAUUUUCUGAAGGAAGCGCAGCCUCAGAGAGAGACACUCGUGGAUGUGUCGCUCCUGGUUCAGUGUCAUGUGAUGAAUUUUCCCCUGCUGACAGAAGUCAGUUUUAUUUAUUUAUACCCCCCGAAGUCACUAACCCCAGAUAGAUGUCAUGUCACUCAUGUUCCACUGACAGGUCCAACUUCUCACCAUCAGGCGUCCUAUAAAACAGUCUACUCUCCCAUUAGCCGCGGUUCUUUCACAUGCUCAUUUUGAAGUAUCACGACGUAAACAUGAUAUGUUCAUGUUUUUCACGGCCUGAACUUCAGCUGGUGUUGUUUGAGUUACGUCUUCUGCUGCCACCUACAGUUCAAAGUUUCAGUGAGCUAAAGUUUGGGAUACAUUUGGAUGGAAACACAGGUGGAAGAUGAUCAGCCCUUAAAGGAAGCUGUCACUAAUGAAAGCUUCUUCUUCUGUGGUUCCAUGUUCACAUCUUUCAGAGAUAGAUGGGCUCCAACGUCAACAAUUUGCAACCGUUCACAUCACCAGACAACUGAAGACAGUUUAGAUACUGCACAUUGACAGUAUGACAUUAUAUUCAUUCAGUUUGAGUUCCGUCAUCUGUUUGAUUUUCAGGCAUUUUGUAUCUUUAGUGACACGGACGAACGUUGACGUCAACGUGACAAAAGCUACACGUAGCUACAUGUUAUGCCGGGACAGUUAGUAGACAUAGUUUGACUAUCAUCAAAGUCUUGGUUUGCAUAGUUCAUGACAUUUUGUGUCGGUAGAUGAAACUCUUCAGUAACGCUCAGCUGUGUAAAACACGCUACACGUCACAGGUUUGGCCGUUCAUGCUGAUGUGUGUCAAGGAUCCAUCAUCUUUUUUAUGUUCAACUCAAGGUCCACUUACUGGAUAUUUUCCUGAGCUUUCUGCCAUAUCACAUGAUCUUCAGCGAAUGUAAUUAUCAAAGUGAGUUGUUGUCGUGGUUACAGCCUCAACAAAAAGCAAGUUAAACCUAAGUUAACAGCAUUUCAUCACACUGCUUUUCCCAAAAACAAGAAUGAACUUUGACCCUCGGAUGAGUGACUGUUGUUAGCAGGCACAUGUUUGCAGAUCACUCACAGUUGGCAGAUGACACUAAUAUAAGAGUGACAUGUUGUGGAGGACUUUUUCAUAUCAGGGCUGCUGCAGCUGAGACACUCUGUCAGCUGACUGUCUGUGAGACAUGACGUGUCACAUGACUGAGAUAUCAGCUCGAAUGUAUCCAGAACAACUAUAGAAGAAGAAGUCAACUACAAGUCCCAGAGAGCAUUGCUACGAGGAAACAUCCAAUCUAAAAAGCUUCAAGUUGCCGUUGCCGUGUUCCUGCGUGCAGUGAUGAUGUGUUCUGACUACGAUCACACUGAUUCCACAGCUGUGGGUGGACAGUGGCUACUGAGGCUUCUGGGUAAUGCAGAAGCACUCAGAUUCUUUUUGCAUUUUUCCUCUUUAAUGUAGUUUUUAGUCAGAACAGGAGAUUUUUAUUGAAUACUGUUCCUGCAAAGCAGACUUUUUUGUUGUGUGUGUGUGUGUGUGUGUUUGCUGUCUAACAGCCUCCUGAUUAACGUCAGAGGAUUUAGACUGAAUGAUUUCAGCUACGAACUAAAACACUUUAAAGCAAUGUUUGCAGAAACGUCUGUAUUCUUUGGUAGUUCUGUCCAUCUCUGCUAUGAGUGUCCUCAGCGUGGACCCUCUUCAGUGUGAAGACUCACUGACAUCACUGUACGCUGAAUAUGUCUGAGGUACGAGCUGUUGGGUUGGCAAAAAAACCCCACAACCUUCAACUUGGGAAAGUGUUUAAGACAUUUUCACAUUUUUCAGACAGCCCAAAAACAGUUUAUUGAAAUCGUAUUUGUUUAUUUGUUAGACUUUUUGUCCAAAAUGUUUUUGGUAUUGAUCAAACAAUGCACCUACAUCCUGCACACAUUGUAGGUGUAUUCCUUUUUGGUUUCUCUCCAACUCUAACUGAGGAGACUAGACAAAAAAAGUACAUCUCUCCACAAUUUGAGGGUCCAUUUACUACUUCUUUCUGGAGCUAUCAGCUGUGUCUCACCUAAAUUAGCUCUGUCCUUUCACCUGAAUGGACAGAGCUAAUUUAGUUAUUAGGACAGUUUGGUCAUUGUUUAAAGAGGAUCUCUGCAUCGCAUACAAGUGUCCGCUGACUCCCAGUUGAUACUGUUUUUUUGUUGUUGAUAGAUAGAAAGAUUCACACACACUAAAACCUUAAAGACUUUGAAAUGUGGUCAACAGUUUUAAAAGCUACCAAAGAUGGUGUGUGUCCUGUUUAAAAAAACAUUGGAAUAGGUAAGAGACAGAGUAGAAGAGUUUGGAGGUGCUUCUAACUUUUACAGCAGACAGGAAGAUGGAAAGAACUAUCAAAAUAAGCUUCAGACGAGAGUUUUUAUGUUGAGUUGGUACGUCUGAGAUUCUGAAAAGCAGAAAACUGAUUACAGUUGACUUUUUGCACUUGC